UUUCCAGCAGGCCCUUUAUGGGUCCUGGCGUUGCUUAGAGACGCGUUGUUGUCGUGCAUCUUCACAGUGAAUUUUCUGGAACCAAACCGAGAAUUUUCACCACAAAAUAGCGAUGUUUGUCUCGUCUGUAAUCCAGCCGUGAAUGCGAACAAACGUACGACGAGUCUUAAAUACAUCUGCACCGGAUUGUUAGACAAUAUUCUGCCGUAAAUAUUGAUUUAGAUAGCUUGGGUUACAAACACGCUAAUCUGCUAACUAAUUAGCCAGCUAGCCAAAGCGAGAUUCGGACACGGUCGGCGUAUCUUUGGAAAAAUAAAGUUUAUUAUUCGCUUUACGGCUUGUAAAGAUGAAAUAAAUGGCAUCUAUAGAGUUGUUCGAGCGCGUGUGAUGGAGUAAAGCAGCAGUGUUUCGGCUGUCAUCAUCAUCUGCUGGUCUCGCAAUGGACGCAGGAGGCAUUUCUGAUCUGGACCUGGAGAAAUAUGACGCUGAUGAGCAAGUCAAGAUCAUCUGCCUCGGAGACAGCGCUGUGGGCAAAUCCAAGCUUAUGGAGAGAUUCCUUAUGGACGGAUAUCGGCCUCAGCAGCUCUCCACAUACGCUCUGACUCUGUACAAGUACACCACCACCAUCAAUGGACAAACUGUCCUGGUUGAUUUCUGGGAUACUGCAGGGCAGGAACGUUUUCGAAGCAUGCACCCGUCUUACUACCAUAAAGCUCAUGCCUGCGUCAUGGUGUUUGAUGUCCAGAGGAAAAUCACAUAUAAGAAUCUCCCAAAUUGGUACAAAGAACUGCGGGAGUACCGUCCAGAGAUUCCCUGUCUGGUGGUCGCUAACAAGAUCGAUGCUGACAUUAAGGUCACCCAGAAGAGUUUCAACUUCGCUAAGAAACAAGGUCUGCCCUUUUACUUUGUAUCUGCUGCUGAUGGGACCAAUGUGGUCAAGGUGUUUAAAGAUGCCAUUCAGAUGGCUCUGUCCUACAAGAAGAACUCCAGUGACUUUAUGGAUGAAGUCAUGAGGGAGCUAGAGAACUUUGAUUUAGAGAGUAAAGAAGAAUCAUCUGAUAAAGAAGAGGAGACACAAGAGGGAAAACCAGACUCGGCGUGACCAUGUCAAAUUCUUCAUCCUCUUCUUUCCUCAUUCUCUGUCUCCGCUGCUUCUGCAGUUGUACUGAUGAGCUCUUCAGAUCACGGCUGUCCUCUCACCGUCCUGAGCAGCAGAACUCUACCUCACACCACUCAAAGUGUGUGUCUGUUCUUGGAAUAAAUUAUGCUUCUGUGAAUGUACAGCUGGCAUUAUCAGAUGAUUGACAUGAUAAUGGAAUACAAUGCACUCUGAACUUUGAUUUGAUACAAAUUGUGCAGCAUGCAUAUUUAGUAAAAAAA